AUGGUAUUGUUGGCCGCAGUAACAAGUGCGAUGCUAGUUCUUUGUGAGCACUUCAGACAUGAUUUCCCUUGGGCAGACCCUGUCUGCUGUCUUUUAUUGUCGGUGGCGACAGCACCUCCUCAUCUUCUCAAUCAAAUUGACAGAUGUAUUUCUGAAGCGUCAACUAUCGACGGUGUUCUGGAAAUACGCUCACGUCACUUUUGGCAACUGGAUUUCGGGCAGCUGGUUGGAACUGUGGACGUGCGAGUUCGAAGGGACGCAGACGAACAAAACGUACUAACUCUUGUCACUGAUAAGAUGUCAUCUGUUGUAAGCAUGCUCACAGUUCAGAUUGUUAAAGACGCUGCAUGGCACACGGUUGAGGGAACGAAUCCGGGUCACGGGCAUACGUAUGGUGACCCACAUGUUCAUGGAGAUAGCCACAGUCACGAUCAUUCCCAUGACCACGAAGGUGGAAAUCACGGCCAUUCACAUGACCAUGCUAGCGGAAAUCACGGUCAUUCACAUGAUCACGACACGAACAUUCUGAUGACGGCCAUAGUCAUAUGGCCGAGUUCGCAUGGAUCUAAUCCUCAAAUGGACCAGUAUAAUGCAGCUUACGGUGUAGCUGGUUAUGGAAAUCCAACAAGCGCACAGCAGGGAUACAGUAGCCCUCCAGUUUUUAGCCCUUCCCAUGGUCACAGCCACGAUGGCGUAACCUACCAUUGA